ACAAUUCACAAAGCAACCAAAAUACGAAAAUACACAAUCACAGAUCAAAAAAUGGCAACCCAUGAUCAGGGCUUCAGAGCUGGCGAAACCAAGGGCCGAGCCGAGGAGAAGACGAAUCAGAUGAUGGAUACGAUGGGGGAGAAGGCCCGAGAGACAAAGGACAAGACUUACGAGACUGGCCGGGCCGCGAGGGAUAAGGCCCAGGAGUCGAAGGAGCAGUCCGGAAGCUAUUUGUCGGAGAAGGCCCAGGCGACGAAGGAAAAGGCCUCGGACGCGGCCCAAGCGGCCCGAGAGAAGGCCCAAUCUGGAAAAGAGGCGACCGGAGGGAUUCUGGAGCAGACGGGUGAGAAGGUGAAGAGUAUGGCCCAAGGAGCAGCGGAUGCUGUGAAAAGCACUUUUGGUAUGGCCCAGCACGAUGAUGACGUGGACAAACAGAGUGACCCCACCACUGUCUACCGGGGCUGAUUCGUCAUUUUGCCAACUGUAGUGUCUUUUAUUCUCAGUUUGUGUUUGGUUUGUACUUUGUAAUCUAAAAACGAUGCCUUCUCCUCUUUUGUCGGAGAAGGCCUUGUUUGGUGUCUGUAUUUUCUUAAAAUGGAAUAAGAAUAUCUUUAUUAUCCUUA